AUGAAGGACGAUCUCGACUUGACGUUUGGAGAGAUUUUCCACAAUGAUCCCGCUGCUCUUCUAGCCCAGCUUCAGGACAUUGAAGUUAACCACAAGGCAGAUCGGCAGGCUUCCGAAGAUUGGGCAAAACGAUUGCGCUUCAUCGACAUUUCGGGUGUCCCACAGCUGGAAAGGUGGACUGGUGGUCAUACCAUACGUUACAAAGACUACCGUCGAUGGUCCAAACACGCAAGGGGCGCGCCUUGCAUACUUCCUAUUCGAGAGAAAGAAGAAGACGAUGGGAAAGAACCAUACAUCGCUGUAUCAUGGCGAUGGACGCAAGGCAAUGAUCCUCCAUGGGGUUACGAAAUCAAAGAGAGCUCCAAGUACCAAGUACAGCGACCCGGGCAUGACGCGCGCGACAUCGACUUUCCUAAUCACUACCUUGAACGAGUGAUACUGUUUGCACAAAGUCAAGCCAUUGGUAACAUCUGGAUUGAUAAGGAGUGCAUUUUUCAAAGACGGGGAGACCUUGCUAAGCAUCCUGGUGAUCGUGAUCUCGGGGUUCAGGCCAUGGAUCUUAUCUAUGGGGCUGCAAAGUGCUGCAUUGGACUUUUGACAACAUCUUUGAUAUAUCAAGAAGAGAUAAUUCUGCUUUCUGAAUUUCUAUCGCGGAACAUUUUCGUGGACCCUGAAGACACAGUCAAUCCAAGAUUCAAAAGAAACGCACAAGUUGCCAAAGUUCAAGUGCUUAUUUUGAGACUCUUGACCGAUGUCCGCUGGUCGCGCGGCUGGAUUUUCCAGGAAGACCACCUGGCUUCUCAAAGAAUGACGCUUCUUGUACCGUAUUCAAAACAUUUGAAGAAAUACGGAUUCGCUUACGACUUUGGACAACUUCCCAGAGAUCUUAUCAUCGCACUGGUGGCGUUCCGCAAAGCCGUCACGAUGUUUUGCAUAGCGUCAAACGAAUCCGAGAAACGCUGGCCCUUCAGUGAGAUGCUUGGUAAAGCCAAGCAGUACAAUAUUUGGAACAUGGUGACGCUUAGAGAGAUCGAUUCAUCAGACGAUUUGGACAGUGAGCAGAGCAACAAUUGCCAGUCAGAAGCUGAGGGGACUGGACGAAUCCGACAAGCGCGCUUCCCAACUACGACUCUGAGCAUACUCGAUGACGUGUGUAAUCGAUCGCUGGAGAAGAUAGGAGACCGAGUCGCAAUCAUUGCCAAUGCAGCAAAAUUCGAGCGACGUAUCGAUGUCAGCCCAUCUUCAGAACUAGUCAGAAGCAAUACUUAUAGCCUAUCGACCGUCUUGCUGGCUUUGAUCUUGCUCAAUGGCGAGAUUUUCUCCCAUCGAUCUUGUCUAUCAGACUCUAUCAUGGAAUAUACUCUGCGAAAAUACCUUGAAGCGGUUAAGAAUAUAUACGAUGCGCCGGUAGAUGCUUAUGAGCAAAGCUACAUAGAUCGAUAUCGGUUCACAGCACCUACAUUUACAAGACACGGGCUAGAGGUGGAGGGGCAUCUCUACAAAUUUUUGGCUCCAGGCAAUUUUAGCGGCGAGAACGGAGCUUUAACGACCCUAAGGCCAUACGAUGUCGAAUUCGAAGAUAUCAAUUCCAUUUGGGAAGACAGUGGUAGCAGAAAAACUGAGGAAGGACGUACGCUUUCUUUAGUGGACGAGAGGUGUAUGAGCAUCGUCGUCUCUAGAAUUCGAAGAUCAUAUGGCAAGAGAUGCUGGCUCGCAGGAUUUCUGCAGCAGCACAUCAAUAUCGAUAGGAGAAGUCACGCAAGAAAUCCCACAAAGCCGUCGGAGCGUUACGUACUCCACAUGAUGGUGUGCCUUGUGCACGCUCUCUCGAAGGGUCGAAAUCUCUCGCUUGCACGUUUGGCUAACGAACCUGACACGAGCCAUCCGGCCGCCAUAUUCGUAGGGCCAGAAGUUACCAAGGCGACUACUCAUCGCAUGGGAACGAACAGAAAGAAUGGUGAUGCCGCUCCUCCAUCUUUUGUCUUCACCAGCUUGAGUCAAGGAUGCAAGCGAGGUCGUCGCGAUUGCUACGCGAGUCUGAUCGUGGAUACAAAAACCGAGAAAGAUGCGCCAAAUACCAUACUGGAAAGCUAUGGCUGGAUCAAUGGGGUCUGGAGCGUUGAGGCACACACAACGCAGGCCUUCACUUAUCAGAUACCAGGCCUGACAGACUGGCGGAUGGCAAUGAUGAUGCGGAAGAAGAGGAAGAGGGAAGAAGAGGAAAAGGGAAGAAGAGGAAGAAGGAGAAGAUGA